GACGAGCAGGAAAUUCGUGUUUGCACUGCUGGAAACUGCUCGUCUUCAACGAUGUCGCGUUCGAAUAUUCUGAUGAUUUAAAAUUGAUCGAGUUACAGGAAAAUUUAGAAAUUUACAUGUAAAAUGGUAUUCUUAAAACGUCUUGAUUUAUAUACAUAGAUUCAUUAUGUUUUUUCAAAAUUUGGAUUAUUCUUGGAACGGAUGAUUAUUGUUAGCUGAAGGCACGCGACGCGAUAGUUAUUCUUAUCCAGUCCUAAAAGCGUACAUAUAUUUUUAAGCAAGUUGUCAUCGAGAAGAUCGAACGGUUGAUUUCACGGCUGCUUAAAAAGAGCACGGAGACCACCUAGACGUCACAUUACGAUGUCAACGACUUCUUCCUGGACCACAAACCGCCUCGACCGUGUGUCCAGAAUGAAUGGUGACGCCACGGGUGGCACCCUACCGAAGAGAACUGCAUACAACCGGAAGAUCUGGCGGCCUCUGGUGACACGACGGAUAGUUAUUAUUAUAUUUUGUUAACCGUCAAAAGUGGCUCCGACCCGCGGAAGUGACGAAACAAGAACAGGAAGGGUUUUACGCUGUGCACGUGCAACGCUGAAGGAACGUCCCACAUCAAUCACGAAAAAUGGAAAACGGUUUGUGCAAAACAAACGACGCGAUGUUCUCGUCUCGUCUGGAUACUACUACCAAGUUCGACCAAUAGGGAGGCAGGAUGGUGGUCGUGGCCAUGCCCAGCAGCCAAUCGGGUGGCGCGUUGGUUAGCUGUCAGCCGAGCCACGCCUCGGCCAAUCGGCGCUUAGCUGCGCAUGACGGAGUGGCUCGAUCUUGAAACACGCCGGAGCGGCAGUUCCUUCUGGUGCGUGCGUAGGAGAACGUCUCUCUUUCGUCCGGUCACGAAAGAGAGAGGGAGUGUAAAAUUGACAUUUCGCGAUUCAUCGACGAACUGUUCAAUGUAACGAGUAAAUACGUCGUAUUGUCGUGUGUGAUCUUUAAGUAGAAUCGGAACGAGUGGCGUGUUUCAACCGCGUUGGUGUUUAAACAGUGGAUUCAUGACGUUCAAGUGUAUCGUGUGUCGCGUGCUUUCAACGGUCCUCAGAGUCGACGACAGUUGAAACGAAGAAGUGUUCUCGGUUGAUUUUCCUCGAAAAGAAGAAACGAGAGAGAAAGACAGAGAAAACGGACUAUUUAACACGCUCCUAAUAAUAGCCGGUGCGCGUUCGUACGCGAGUAUACUAAGCGCCUAUAAAUACACACCUACCACGGCCCGCGGAAACACGAGCCCGUGGAUUUCACGUUGCAACCUGCCACGAGGAGAUAGAAAAGACGCGAGUCGAAGGGAAAAGAGGGAGAAUAUAAUCUUGAAGGAGGGCGCACCUGGCGCUCUAAGAGAAACUUGCCAUAAUCGGAUCUAGUCGGAGGUAGUAACGCAAGAUAAUCGCUGUAUACUGGACAAGAGAGAUAGAGAGAGAGUGUGUAGUGUGUGAAGCAAUCGGGUCCACCGGCUGCUGGCGUAUCAACUUGAAAGCAGAUUAGAGAAUAACCGCACCUGGAACGAGAUUUUAUUAUUUCACGGGGGUAUAUCCCUUCCUUCCGUCUCGUAACACGAGAAACAUCCCAGUAGAGUUCGUCGGGCAGCCGAGAGCUUGCAGCAACUCUCUACCAGUGGUAGCCUAAAAAUAUCUUCUUCCUGCAUAUUCUGACGCGUUUACACCAUCGCGAGAGUCUCGUUGUUCUUGUGUUACCAAAUACUUUUUAACUCUUUGCUUUCAUCCCAAUCGAACGUUUCAUUUAGAAGAGAGAUUCUCCCCGGUAAUAAGAACCCUAAGUUUAACCUAAAAGAUCAGUUAUAAACAUACCGGAAGAUGUUACGCAGAUAACUGUACAUAAAAGAACGUCGUAAAUGAUCAUUAAAAAGUGAUGAAGAUCAUCGAUGAGACCAUCCCCGCCAGUGGCUCUUCCGUAGCUAAAUAUUUGCCGUCGGAACGAUCCUCAAAGGAAUCAGAUCUCUUCCGUCGGGUGUGCGCGGGUUCCUUUCAAGGAAUCUUAACCGUAAACGAAUAUUCGACCGCGUUGUAAAGAAAUAGUGAGUGAAACGAGGUGCAAAGAAGAAAAGUGGUCCACGGUGGAGGGUGGAGGAGGGAACGGUGUGCAAGGGGUCGCCGUGGGCCCCGGAGAUGAUGCCAUGAUGGCCUACGGAGGAACCACCGGAAACGGAGGUGCGAUGGGACCUUCUUCUGGUGGUACGGAUGUUUUGGGCUCGACCGGUGAUUACAGCCCGCAGGGGACACCGACACCUCUCACGGGACACUCGGCGGGACCCGUCGAAGCGAGUACCUAUGGUCCUGGAACAGGACCGACCAGUUAUAGCCCGCAAGAUAGUCCUGCUAGUUCCGCCGGCGGCGGUAGCGGUAGCAAUGGACAACUACCGAGCUUUGGAUUUACCCAGGAACAAGUCGCCUGUGUUUGCGAGGCGAUGGUGUCGUCUGUCCAGGUUCUCCAGCAGGCUGGCUCCGUGGAGAGACUCGGCAGGUUCCUGUGGUCCCUACCGGCGUGCACUAGGUUGCACCGACACGAGAGCGUCCUGAAAGCCAAGGCGAUCGUCGCCUUUCAUCGGGGACAUUUUAAGGAACUGUACAGGAUCCUUGAGAGCCACACGUUCAGUCCGCACAAUCAUCAGAAACUGCAAGCUCUUUGGCUCAAGGCUCAUUACAUUGAGGCCGAGAGACUGAGGGGAAGGCCUCUUGGGGCAGUCGGGAAGUACCGCGUUCGACGCAAGUUUCCUCUGCCUCGUACAAUAUGGGACGGCGAGGAAACAUCUUACUGUUUCAAGGAGAAAUCCAGGAGUGUGUUGAGGGAUUGGUACGCUACCAACCCUUAUCCUUCGCCCCGGGAGAAACGUGAAUUGGCGGAAAGCACGGGUCUUACCACUACGCAAGUCAGUAACUGGUUCAAGAACCGGAGACAAAGGGAUCGUGCUGCCGAACACAGUGGCCAAAGAGAAGACAAAACCCACGUCGGUGGACUGGGUGAUUCGAGCAGCGAGAGCGGCGACGAGACGAAGAGACAGGCGGUCAGCCAACAACAGCAACAGCAACCUUCGUCUUGCGCCGUUCAGCAACAGCAACAGCAGCAACAGUUGGUGGAGCACCAGCAGACGCCCGGCAUGUACCAGCUUCCGCCUCCGGUUUCCGUUUCCAGCCCGCACUCGUACCACCAAGGCCACGGCUCGACCUUGAGCCAUCCUCACACACCCACCCACCACAUGCAACACCACGACACAGGCAGCGAGAGCGGCGACGACAAGCGAAACCUUCAUCAUCAGCUGCAACAUCAUCUCCAGGUCGGUGCUCAUGGUACUCCCCACGGCUUGGUACAUCCCACGGCGACCUUGCCACCGCCACCACCGAGCUGCGCCCAACAGAAGACCCAGUUGGACUAUAUGCAGUACUAUAGUCCACAGGAUUAUCUGAUCACCCCGACCUCGGCGGAUCUGCAGAAGUCCCUUCCGCACACGGCCACGUCGAUGCAGAUGGGUGCUAUAGCACCUUCCAUGGGUGGGCUUAGCCCGAUGGGCCCGUCGACGAUGCUACCUAACACGAUGCAGGGCGUGAACACUAUGAACACGAUGUCGAUGAACGGCAUGGGCAUGGGUGCCUACCAAGGCAUGGGUUCCAUGGGGAUGUCUACGUCGCACGGUAGUUAUCACAGCGGUCUCGUCCUGGGUGAUUAUCACUCGUUGUGACCUUGGGCCCCGAGCAGUCAGGGCAAAAGGAACCAAGAGAAAACCUAACUCGUUUCGAUUCGUAAAGGGGUCUGCCAACGGAAUUGUUCCCGUGAUAUUCGCCGGAGUCGCUAAGCUUUAACGAAAGGACAGACGCUGGAUUUUGUCCGGAACGCGUGUUGGGUACAUUAUCCGCGCUCAGCGAAUGUAGGUAAUUAGGAAACGCGUUCUCUGUCGCUCUCGAGGCGGAGAAUAAUUCGUCGAGACAUUCUCGAUGGUAAAUAGGACAGUUUUGAAGUCUGAAGGCAUCGUGUGAUUUGAUUGAAACAGGUCACUUGAUACGUUUAGUCCGGAUGAUGUCUUAAAACGUCGAGCUGAAUCUGCAGAGAUUCUGAGGUAGCUUUGAGAAAUCUUCCUGGUUAAACGUGUUAAUCGGUCGCUUAUUAUGAAAAAUUUCACCAUGGACAUCGGAAGUAUCUUUAGUUAAUAGGAUCACUCGAUGCCUCGACUUUGAAGUAACCGAGAAGCAAGCACGCCGUUGUUAACGCAGACAUGGCGCACCCACACCAGUUCUCCCGACAGAGGGAGCUCAAAGUAGAAUAUUAUUAUUAAUUAAUAGUAGCCGUGGAACGAGAGGAAAAUCGAGGCAACGGGGGAAACGCUUCCGGGUGAAAAUAGCAAAAGACAUAUUAGCAUUUUUCUUUUCCCGUAUCGCGUAGCGCGCGAGACAAGCCAGAGCCUAAUUACUUCCAGAAACGCAACCCCUAUGGCAGGGUUGUGCCUAUAUUCUUUUCUUUUCUUUUUCUUUUUCUCGCGAAUCGCUCCGUACUUCUAAUCUCGUAGCGUACCGCCUGUACCUUAGGUCCCUUGGAAUAAGAACACGAGCAUAACGUUAUUUACGGUUACCAGUAGACGGUUCAGACUCCGUACAAGCUUCAGCAAGCUGCCAAUUUUCCUUGACCCCUUCGAAUGCUGUGUUUUCAAACGUCUGUGCGAAACAGUGAAAAUUAAUGAGCUCUGCUUUCGGCCAAGUUUCACGGAACACAUGAUUGAUUAGUCAAGCAAUUAUAGCGCAAUUGAAAAGUUUGGCAGGUAAUGUCUUUCUUAACACUUUCCGCUAUAGUAAAGAAACUGUACUUAAUUAUGAUUAAAAGUACUUAAAUUGGUUAUAGUCAUUUUAGGUUUGCAAAGAUUGAAUUUCAGAAUCAAGUUUCAAAAUAUAACGUCCUGGCAUUUGACCGUAAAGAGAAAGAAAAAAAAACACGGCAGACGUCGAUGGUCCCUAAAGAACAUUCGUUUCCCAAAGUCCAGAAUAAUUCCUGAGGCGUGUACGGAUCUCAGCCAGCCGCUAAUUAAUUAACGUCGCUAUAACGAACCACACACGCUCCUCACACACUACACUAUUCUCUCUCCCUUCCUUUACACCGUACGCUUCUGUGUUUGUCCUGUGUACAUAUGUAGAUAAUAUACACGCAUAACAACACUUACACCUAUCACACACGUACACGUAUUCGAGAGAAGAUUAAGUUAAUUCUCGUCUCUACUCGAGACGAGUACCGGGUGUUCGCGAAUCAAGUUCGCGAAUCGCGAUUUUCGUUCUCUAUCUCUUUCGAAAAAAGAAAACUCUCCUUAUUUAUGGCUUUCAAGCUUGUCCGUCUCGUUUCUAUCUCCCGUUUCUAUCAAUUUGAGAUCUAACCGUUGGUCCGGGGCUGUUCAAGAGUUCCUCAUACGUGUUCUUCUGUAGAAGAAGAGAUAGAAGAAGGUAGCUGUUGAUUUUCUAUCUCUUCAUUAACCCUUUUACUAUGAAGGACGUAUAUAUACGUAAUUGGAAAUUUAGCACGUUGAUCGUCGCUUUAAUUUUCAAUAGAGAUUUGCGGGUACCCGACUCUUAGAUCAGAUGGUAAUCGAGUCGAAUGGAACCCCCCCAAAGUUCGUCCAGGAAAUAAAUUUAUUCGGGUACCCCUAAUUUUCGAACCCCAAUGAUAUUCAACACUUGAAAGUUUUCCCAACCAUUUCUACGAAUUCUUGCACAGUCCACCUUACCAACGGUAAUACUUAAUGAAAACGUCAGGAAAUUCGCGAACUAUUCUGGCAAAUUUCUCGCACACCUGGUAUAUUAAAAAUAAAUAAACACUGUCGGUAGAGAAUAAGUUAGCACGUAAGUUAUCAUUUAUUCGCAGUUCGUAGUCUGUACAUAAAAGUGAACAGCGAGAGGAGAGCGAGAGAGCAGAUGAUGAUGACGAUGAUGAUGGAGCAAGAGGCACGAAGAACGACUGACGAUGAGAGAAUGAAAGAGAAAGUGAGAAAGGGUGAGACAGAUAGGAGAGAGAGAAAACGGCAUCGUACAGGUGACAAAGCGACAAGAGGGUGAGAAAAGUAAGAGUACUUUCUUCUUUUUUUUUUUUAUCGGUUCUCUAUUUAAGGGACAUCUAUCGCGCAGAUGUCCGGAAUUAAUGUAUUAUUGAAUCGGUUGCGACAUUGCCUUCUAAAGAUUCUUAUCUAGGGAUCGCUGAGGAGGGAAAGGAUAUUUCUCUUUAGAAUGAGUCCUCGGGACGAAACAGGGUAUGCAAGAGGAAACGAGCGAAUAACGAGAUAGAGAUUAUAAUACAAGUUCUUUUGUAUCGUGUAGAAAUUCGCAUUUUCUUUUUAUCGUUAACACGUUAACUCUUCACUUGGCACCUCGUUAAAUUAAUAGUGAUAUUAAUGAUAAUUGGAAUUUCAUUUUUAUUCCAUUGGAUUAUUGGUAAAUUUUUGAUGCCAAAUCACUGUGAUUGCUUAUUAAGUAUACGAUUGAUCUACGAUUAAUACGAUUAAUAUUCACUAUUCAAACUUGGCCUCCGCUUUUAUUAAUUAAAUAAAAUUCGAGGUAGUUAACGAGUUAACAUCACCGAAUUUCGAAGGAAAAUAGCAAUUGAUUUCCAAAGAUUAUCAUCUUUUAAAUUCAUUUGUUUUAUUUUUGGGCCCAUUGAUUUCAAACAAUAGAAAAUAGAAAAUUGGAUAAAUGUAUCAUCCAAUUGGAAUUCUAUCGCAAAAUGGGUCCUGUUUUUUAUCGUCACUUUUAUUCGUGUUGAUAUUCAACAAAGCUAAAGUUGUUUUAUAAUAUUUCAAGAGACAGCGAUCGAAUUUUUCAAUCUCUGUGUUGCGUUUUCCUCGAGAUUUCUAUAAAUUCAUCGAGCAGUCAGAACGUUUCUCCAUUCACGCACAAUCUACGCUUUGUAACGGCACAGUGUGUAACACACUCCUUCGUGAUCGGACUGCACACCAAUCGCGAAUACAUUCCGAAAAUUGCACACGCAUACGGGGAUUAAAGGCGGAAGUUUCGCCAACCACAGGAAACGUUUGUCUAAACGACGCGAAUAAAUAAGCUGCAGUUUAUUAUUAAUACAUUCAGUCGCAGCGUUGAGAACGAAAAUUAGAUUCAGUAUAUCCGAUUAUGAUUUAAUGUUUUUUAUUUUUAUUUUUCAUGAUACAGGGCAUUCCAUGACUAUUGGUACCGAUUUCAAUCGCAAAUAUAAAAUUUAUUCAAAUGACGCUUUAUUUCUUGCAAAAAGUUACUUUGAAUAUUUGCAAUUUUAAAUUAAGUAUCUGAAAUCUGAUAAUCAAGAUGUUUAAUAAUUUAUUUUUAUUGUAUCAGUUGUUUAAGGACGCCCUGUAUAUCAUUUAGAAAAUUACAAUUUUUGUUUUUAUUUAUUUUUAUCAAUCUUCGUUAUUUUGAAACAAUCUUUAUAAUCAUAUUUGCAUGCAAUUUUAGAGAAUACACUUUUUAGCCUAAUUUUACGCAAUCAAGUUAAAAGACAAAGCAAUUUUAUUUCCAUUUUGUUUUCUUUUUUUUGAAUGAUUUUACCAGAGAUUCCUCUUUGAAAUCUGAUCAAGUUUUUAAUGACGUCACGAAUGAUUCAGUGAUCUGAUCAUGUUUGAAGAAUUUCACAGUAGCUUUCUCCAUACGGUGAAAGAAGAAAUUGAAGCUUCGCAUAUUAAUUUAAAAAAUGAAAAUAUAUGAAUUUUUCUUGGCUAAGAAUACUCGUCCAAGCACGAUCGUUGCACAAAUUUUUAUACAAUACCGAACAGAUGAUUUACAAAUGAAAAAGAAAGUUACAGAGAGACAUAAAGGAGGAUCAUUAAAACGAGAGACACGCAUAAAUAGCCGUAGACGAAGCUAGGGACACAUUGUGUGUACCAUUUCGAACCGGUGAACACGUUUUACGAGGACGAUUAUUAAUAACCAGACACUUCUUCCCAACACAAUUCUUGUCGUUUGUGUAUUUUAACAGGCAAGCUUUUAAACGUUGCACAACUAACUAAAAAAGACGAAACAGAAUCGUUUGAGAGAGAGAGAGAGAAUUUAAUGUGUGAGAUUGAGAAAAAGAGAGUAUAAUUGAGAAAAUAUGGAAGGAGAGGCACGAGAUAGAUAAUUAAGAAAGAUCACACGAUGUACGAUCGAACUGUAACCGAAGUAAAGUUGAUGUUAUUUAAAGUAAUAAAAGGAAAAUAUUAUAUA